AGCUAGCACGUGUGUUUAAAAUAAAGUAAAUUUUGUUUUAUUUAACUUUGGUCUCGGCAAUAUGGAUGUAGUGAAAGCGGUUUUAGAGAAACACCAAAAGGAAUUGGACAAAUAUAAACCCAUAAGUGUUGAAAAGCAUUUGGAAUGCCGUCUUGAUGUGGGUACAUUGCUCAUAACAGAUCCCAACGAUUUUGAUGACCGGCAGCUGAAAGAGAACAGAGAAGAAUAUUUGGCUGCUUUGACUAGAGACAAUACCCAGUUGCUAGUGAAUGCUAUUUGGGAGCUGUCCACUGAGCGUGUAGAUGAGAGUAUUGUGGCAAAGCUGCCAGAACCUACCACAAUCCUGCCGCGUCUACGUAAAGUACCUGGCCCACGUCCACUAACCAAGUGGGAGAAAUUCGCCAAGGAGAAGGGCAUUGUGAAAAAGAAGAAGGACAAGAAGACUUAUGAUGAAACGUUAGAUAAAUGGGUACCCACCUAUGGUUUCAAGCGUGCCGAGGCUGAAAAAGAAAAGGAAUGGGUUAUGGAAGUCCCCCAAAAUGUUGAUCCCAAUACAGAUAUGUUCCAAAAGAAAAUGGAUUUGCGCAACGAGAAGGUGGCUAAAAACGAAAUUCAAAGGAUGAAGAACAUUGUGAGGGCCAGAAAGAUCGAUAUGCCUCGCAGUGGCUAUCUGGGUCCAGAGGCUGCCUCAUCGAAUCAGCUGUUAACAGCAUUAACAGUGGCCAAAUCCUCUACAGCUUCAGUGGGUAAAUUCCAAGACAAAUUACCAAAAGAAAAGGAAGCCCGCGGCUUGGGUAUCAAGGAGUUAAUACCAGGAGCCAAGCGUAAGGCCUCACAUAUCACAGAUCAACCCGAAAAGGAAGCUAAUUUGGACCUCAUCAAGAGCGUCCUGAAUAAGAAACCCAAACUGGAUGUGGAAAAGGCAAUUUCUAUGCAGAAACGUGAUGAUCGAUUGGCACGCGAGGCUGAAGCUGGCCAACAACCAGCCAAGAAGGGCAGCAAAAAGGGUGGCGGCAAGGGCAGUCGCAAGGCAGUUGGUAAAAAACCUAAAGGCAAUCGCGGACAACGGGCGCCCGGCAAGAAGCUGCAAACCGGACGCAAACGUCGCUAAUGGAGGGAAACAUGUUUUACGCUUUUUUUUUUAUGUGUUGUAACAAACCAACAAUUAUGGAUAAUAUAUUUUAGUACAUUUAAGACUAUCCUCAAAAAAAGAUA